AUGAGGUUCCUGCUCCAGGCGCUGCUGCUGACAGCUGUUAUGUCCACCAUCGCGGCUGAGCUUAGCGCCAAAGACAAGAAGGCAAAAGCUGGCCGGAAGGCAGCGCGACAGAAGAUUAAAGAAGACAACGGCAUCCUCGCGAUAACCAAAGAAAACCUUGACCAAGCGCUCAGUGAAAACAAUGUCCUCCUGCUCCAAUUUCACGCCCCUCUCUCUGGGGCCUCACAUGAGCUGCUGAGUGAGUUUGGGAAAGCGGCAGAACAUCUGAAGAAGGAGAACUACGGAGCGGCGCUGGGCCUGGUGGAUGUCCCGACACAGAAGGAGCUAGUACAGGAAUUCAACGUCCAGGACUAUCCCACGCUGAAGUACUUUGUCAAUGGAGACAGGAGGAACCCUCUCAACUGCACAGGAGUAAGGACGGGCUCUUCCAUCGUGACGUGGCUAAAGAGGAGGACGGGGGUGAGUGCCGAUCUACUGACCAGCCUGCCUCACCUCCAUACCUUCAUUGACUCUGGCGAUGUGGUGGUCAUCGGUUUCUUCAAGGAUGUGAAAAGUAAAGGCACUGAGGCAUUCUAUGAAGCUGCCAAGGAUGUCCCCGAUCUACCAUUUGGUGUCACGGACAAUGUGAAGCACUUUGCCAAGUACAACAUCACCAGGGACACUGUUGCACUGUUCCGCAAGUUUGAUGAAAGACGAGUGGACUACGAGCUUGCUGACGGACAUGAAAUGCAGAAAAACCCUCUUGUUAAAUUCAUCAAAGUCAACGCGCUGCCAUCAGUCACCGAAUACAAUCACGUGAACUCGAGGAAAACAUUUGAUGUGGGGAUCGACAGCCACCUCCUGCUCUUCACAGACAAGACUGUGGAGCAGUUUGAUGCCGUCUACAAAGCCUUUCACACAACAGCUGCUGACUUCAAGGGCCAGAUCAUCUUUAUUUUGGUCGACUCCAUUGAUACUCGGAAUGGCCGUAUCCGGGAGUUUUUCCACAUCCGGGACCUGGACAUCCCGGCAGUGCGAAUGAUCAACGUCACGGGGACGGUGACCUACAGGAUGGAGGGUGACAGGGUCACAGCUCAGACCGUGGGGGCAUUCUGCCGAGCGUACCUCACCGGGAUGGCAAAGACGCAUCAGUCCAGUGAAGAACUUGCAGAUGAUUGGAACACAAAUCCUGUCAAGGUUCUGGUGGGAAGAAACUUUGAAGAAGUCGUGUUCAACUCCACAAGGGACGUCUUUGUCCUGUUUUGUGCUCCGUGGGCUGAACGAUGCAAGGAUAUUCAUUCCCUCUGGGAUCAGCUUGGGAUGAAAUACGCGGCUUUGGAAAGUCUUGUCAUAGCUAAGAUAGACAUCACAGCAAAUGAAGUUGACUCUGUGAUAGUGGAUCAGUUCCCCAAUGUGAAGUAUUUCCCUGCUGACGAGGAUAGAAAGAUUCAACACUACACCGCAGCUCACACCCUGCAAGCUUGGUCUCAAUUUCUGGACAAGGAAGAAGAAAUGAAGAAACUUCGUCACGGUUCAGAUGUCGCCGAUGAGGGAACAAAGGACGAGCUUUGAUGCCUCUACGAGAGGUCCCCGCCGUGAGGCAUCAGUCUCUACUGCCUCUUCAUAGAACGUUCAUGAGAACAACACCAUCCAUCUUUGUCAGCUCAUCCCCACAACAUCAAUAUCAGUCAAUCAAUGCAACUGUUCAACUGACCAGCGCACAAUACAAGGUGGGCUAAAAA